ACCGGGAGGUCUCACACAUUAAAACAAACGUCUCGCGCGUCUGAGGAGACAUGUUCCAGGUGAGACACCAACAGAGCUGAGUGACAUCAACCAUGAGGCCUAACCCGGCUCCUCUGCUGCUGUUAGCGGCGUGUCUCCCCUUAGUUUAUACCCUCUCCAAUGUGGAGGAGUUAAAGAGCCAGGAGCGGCUGUUCCUCCACUCCCUCGGCCUCUCCGGGCGGCCCCGGCCCGCAGGGAGCCUCCAGGCCCGGCGUCACGUCCCUUCAGCGCUGUGGAAGAUGUUCCGGAGCUCCGAGAACAUCAAGGUCCAGGAGAGUGACCCCUGCACGGUGUCUGAGUACGGAGUCCGCGGUAACAUCAUCCGAUACGUGCAGGACCAAGGCAGGCUGGUGUCUGGAUGGAGCAGCUGUCAGCUCUGUGUGGAGAAGCAGCUCUUCUUCAACAUGUCGGUGCUGCAGCCUGUGGAGCUGCUGUCUCUGGCUCAGCUGGAGAUCAAGUUCCACUGGAAACCUUUCAGCCAUGCAGAGCUGCUGCAGGGGCCCCGGGCCCUCAGCGUGUCUCUGUACAAAGUGAUUCGAGCCACGCUGAGGGGGGCUAACGCUCAGGCAAACCGCAGACUCCUGUUGUCUCAGUCUGUGCAGCUACAGCCCGACCCCGCCUCCAUCACACUGGACCUCACCUCGUUGGGGGAGAGCUGGAGGAAACCGGGACGUAACUAUGGUUUGGUUUUAGAGCUUCUUCCUCUCAGUGCAGAUCCAGAAGAUCUGCUUCCUUUCCGUCCUGGGAACUCCCUCCCUUUAGAACCAACCUUCACCCUCCCACUGAUACAGGCCUCGUUGGUCGCCGUGUCCCUCAACCCCCACCAGUGUCGCUCCCGACAGCGCCGAAGCGCCGUCCAUCUCCCAGUCACUCCCAGCAACGUGUGCAAAGCUCGCCGCCUCUACAUCGACUUCAAGGAUGUGGGCUGGCAGGACUGGAUCAUCGCCCCGCAGGGCUACAUGGCCAACUACUGCCACGGCGAGUGUCCGUUCCCACUCAGCGAGAGUCUGAAUGGCACCAACCACGCCAUCCUGCAGACCUUGGUGCACUCUCUGGACCCGAACAGCACACCUCAGCCCUGCUGCGUCCCCAUCCGGUUGUCCCCCAUCUCUAUGCUCUACUACGACAACAACGACAACGUGGUGCUGAGACACUACCAGGACAUGGUGGUGGACGAGUGCGGCUGUAGAUGAGGUCGACCUUUGACCAUCAAACACUGUUUCUUAUUGUCACCUCACGCUACGAGAUGAUUGGUCAGAUUGGAUUUUUUAAUGUGCAGACUUCAAAGAAUUUUAAAUGUGUGUUUUCUUUAUCUUACAGACAUUAACAUCUUUUAAUCUGGCAGCUAAUGUUUAUAAAAUUUGCAAUAAAGCUUCACUGGAGGACUGAAUCUAAAAGUCAA